AACGUUGCCUAAAACGCAUGAGUCGGUUGCUUUGCCGCGUACUCUCGUAGAGGUUAGGUAUAUUCGCCGCUUGGAUCGCGUCGGUGACGAACUACCGAUGACGUAUUACACAGGCCUUCUUUUUUAUGUGCUUGUGGAUGGGGGGACGCUGGGAAGGCCAAAGAAGACAGCCGAAGGAGCGGAGUGCACGCGUUGGCCGUGAGCGGUCGUUCACUCUUCACGCCUUCUCCGAAGCUCUCGUGAAUACCGACCUCCUCCAGCGCUUUUUGGAUACCGACUCCGCGAGUGUCCCCUGCGCCAGCCGGGGGAAUGGAGUGUGGCCUGGCGGGGAGCGCCGCAGCGGCAGCGGGGCUCAAGGGGUCUCCCCCGAAGGCCCUGCACGUGAACUUCGAGCCGGGGGACAAGGACGAGCUGCAGGACCGCAAGAAGAAGUACCUGACGGCCAAGUACGGCCCCCACCAGAUGAGCCUCAUCAAGAAGCGUCUCCGCGUCGAGAUGUGGAUGUACGAGCAGCUGCAGCACCUUUUCGCCUCCACCGAGGACAACCACGACCUCGAGAUUGACCUGGACGAACUCCUGGACAUGGAGAGCGACCACCGCCGGAGAGACUUCCUCAGGGCCAAGCUGGUGGGUGCCAAGCAGUCCAGGGAUCGAGUCGAGAUGUUCAUUGAAGAGCUGAUGCAGCGAGCAAAGACCCUCUGAAGCAAAGGCCAGGUCUCGACGUUGCGCGCGAUGCACUGCCCACUGCCGUCUGCCUACUCGCUUCGAGAGGACAUCUUGUCAAACCACUCGUCCCUCCCGGCUACCGCUUAGCCCCAAGCGAGCAUUCCGUUGAGCAUUUGCACUUCUCGCCGCUUCCUGUCGGAAUCUCGGCGGGUGACGAGCUUGCGGCCUAGUACUUGGAAGGCAACCUCCAAGCAACCAUUAGGACACCUUCAGGCAACCAUCGGGUCACAAGUCACACCUCUGGAAAGGAGCCUUCAGGUCACCUUCAGGCAAUCUUCAGGUCAUACCAGGAAGGCAACCUUGCCCGUCCUAGUUGUGCCUUGCCCAUGGCCUCGAGGCCAAAGUUUGGAGACGUCCCGACGCCGGACUGCACUCAGAAUCAUAAGGGCGUGUUGCAUGCACUCGCCUUCGCGUUGACAAAAAACUUGUUUUUGUUCGCUCUAGAGAGAUCUCAUCUAUGUCGUUUCUACGCAUCAAUGCUAUCCUCGGUUGUGCAAGCGCCGUGCAAGUGCCAGGCGGCAUGUGAAUUCAUUGCACGACACAUGCUUCUCCGUGCGAGGGUACAACUAGGGCCACCAAAUAAGCUACGCUUAACGCGUCGGCACUUGCUUCCCCGACUGUCUUGCGGGUGUUGCCAUUUUGUUAACUAGGGCAGAGCGGGUGCGAUCGGUGAUAUUUACGGCUCUAAAAUUCGACUUUCUAAGAUUUACAUGCAGUAUCGGGAAGCUCGGGCGGUAGCAUUUCGCUCUGUCAUGAACUGUUACAACAUUUUUAGAGGACAGAAAAGUGUUUUCCUCGAUUUCAGAUGGAGCUUCAGACAACUGGCAACGAUUGUUUUAACUAGCAAGAUGGCCGAUCUGUCGUCACACUGAAGCGUGGCUUAUUUAGCGGCUGUAUGUACAACUUUCUUCCUGCCAUGGAGGGAGAGGUGCUACACCGCAAGUCCACUGGGCAUUCCUAGCCUCCAUGUUGGUGCACUCAUUGCACAUCCCACUAACACCGCCUAAGUAAGAGAAGACCCGGUCUCUCUUUCUUGGCUUCCAUAAAACGUUGUUUGUCCAACCUGUGUGCCGAAUUAUAUCGCAGUAAGACGACGCCGCGACUCAAAAGUGCAGGAUUUCUCUCGUAAAAGUGUUGUCGGUACCUAUCCUCAACUAUAGUGUUUCGAAGGAUGGCCAUGUGCCGGGUGAACUGCAACGGAAGCUGUCGCCAUUUUGGUGUGGCUGCGCUUCGCUCGACGUCCGUUUUACUCAUUCGCGACUAACGCCGCUGCGGCACUAUGUGCCUGAAUUGUGUCUCUGACCAGUGCGUUUACUGCAACCUCAAAAGUGGUUUCUCAGAUUCUGCCCAACGACGUCGCAGAAGUGGCACGGAGCCGAAGGUGAAAGCAGAGCCCUUUAUACUGGGAGAAUUUGGCAUUCCUUUGAAGAUGCUGACAAUCCAGCAACCACAGCUGGAAGUAAGGCAACCAGGAGAUGGCGUCUUGCCUCCGCCAUUUUGUGUUAUCGAAUUUCGAACCCACUCUGGAUUAGGUACGCGAGGUAUGCUGUGACCCACCAUUGUAUUAAGAGUGUUUAUCGCUAAUGUAAGUGUUUUUGGUGCUGCUCACAUUUUCAGAAGCUCAAACUUACUUAUCUGCUACGAUCUCUUAAAAUUAUAUGAGCUUAAACUUAUUCCUUUUUUGUGAAAAGAGAAUUUUAAAUACUUUGAUUUUGGGUCUCAAAAAUGAUCACCGCUAAAAUUCAGUGCCAUGACGGGCGCCAUCUAGGAGAGGCACUGCGAACCCUUGCGCUCAUUCGCCUGAUUAACUUUUUGUUUGAGAAAACCUAAUUAUGUUUCAAACUAAAAAAAAAUGAAGCUUAUUUUUGAAGAUCAAUAAAGGAUGGUUAAACAUAUAAAAUAGAGCAAAAAAGACAAGGACAAGAAAUAUACAGGACAAGCGCUUGUCCUUGUCUUUUUUGUGUUAUUUUAUAUGUUUAACUAAGAUGAACCAACUAGCCCAACAACGUACCUUACUAAAUAAAGGAUGGCCAGUGCUUAAAUACAGUGACCAAUUGCAGGUAUGAAAAUAUGUCGGAGUACAAAAAAUUGUGUUAAACAACUACUAACCGCACAUUUGGACUAGCGCACGUAAGUAGAGUGGCCAAAAGCAAAAUCCUCCAUUUUGUGUUAUCAUAAAGUCGGCUUGUUUUAGUGGGCGAUAGGCUCCGCCCGUCGGUUAAACUCUACCAGUAUAUAGGGCUCUGAGUGGAGGUAACGGACACCCGUUCUAUUGCGGGUCACCGUCCAGCUUGGCAGUUCACGGAAGCUUGAUAAAUAGCCAAAAGUGAUGAUGACAACAACACUCACUUUCACUCGCGUGUUUUGCCAAAACUUCCAUGACCAAUCGCCGGGAUUACGACAUCAGACGGCUUAGCACGCCAGCGACGCAGUUUGUGGCCAUUUCGAUACCACUUUCAAUGCAUGGAUGGUGCAGGACACAAGUUUCUGCAUAGAUUGAUGAAUGCUAAUGGCUGUACCCCUUAUAACGGGCGGUAGCUUGCGCCACCUAGCCUAGAAACCGGCGGCCGAAGAAGCGUUCAAGGCACUGCGGCGGCACUGUCGCUCGUCCACUUUGAUGGCAGACGUCGAAAAAGGGGACUCCCUCCACUCCCUUGUGGAGCACCGUCGGUUGGCACGCCGAGCACUCUUUUGAGGCACUGCUACAUAACUCGACCGCGUGAUCUCAUAGAAUGCGAUUCUAGGUCCAUCGUCGGAGAGAUGGUUGUGUAGUUGCACCAUUCUUGUCGUUCUUUUUCAGAUGGUGCGAUUGUUUGUUGGCGGCCACUUGGCCACGUGGCUCGCUCGUUCGUUAAGAGUCGGUAUUGAUGGUGCACAAAAUAUAUGCUCCCCCUCGUGGAAGCUGAGUUGAAGUUGAAUACGGGGGUAUUGCGAUGUUGGUACUAUGCCACAGGCUGGAACUUUCUGACGAGCGGUGAAUGGAAGGCCGACCGUGAUGUUUUUACUAAUAGUUAGUGUACCAGUUUUUUUUCUUGUAGUCGCCGGCUCGAGUAGAAUUUCCGGGACUGAUGCCUUAGUGCUUUACGUACAAGUUAUAGGCUCUCGUCGCAAACAACUUUUACAUUCUAGUACAGCUCGGUAGACCUUUUCGGAAAUGCGUAGUGCCCCCAACCCCCCCCCCCCCCCCCCAACGCGUGGCAACGUUCUGAUGUACGGCACAUAGGACUAUUCAGAAUUGAAGGUGAAGUUGACGUUGGUUUUACAUUUUGCGAUUUCAGAAUGCGGAGAAGGUAGAAAAAAAGCAAAACAACAUGUGCGAUGACUUUCUCCUGUGUUUGCUUUAUUUUUGUGCGUUCCGAGCUCGUAACAUAAAAGGGACAUAAUUAUGCCUCUUCGAGGAUAUAGGGCGUUUUUACCGACUUAAUUUUGUCCAUUUUGUUGUUACGAGCUGUCCAGCACAUGCUGAAGGCGGGUCUUCCAGAGAUUCACAAAACGCCCCCAAAUCAAGAGUGCACAAAAGCUUGCAAGUUUCAUCACGCCUUUCUUUUUUUGACAAAUAAAACAUUUUCUCAUUCACUCACUCCAACAACAAAAUGGCGGAUUGAUGUCAUGUGAAAACGCCCUAUACGAAGUGGUGAGGUCGGCACAAGCCCUAGUUUCCCUUGCCGCGAGGUCUUCUGAGAUUUUUCGGAAAGGUCCAUUACCUUGACUGUAAAUCUUUGCAUCAGCUCGAAAUGUGGAGUGAUCGAAGGUGGUUCAUUGAACGUCGAUACCAAGGUGGUCAUUUUGGGUAGCCGAUUUCAUUUGUUUCUUUUCAGUGUAUGUGAAAGCAAAGGAUGAUGCACACAACAUAGCGGGGUUGGCAUCGUCAAGCAAUUGGCAUUUUUUACUGUCUUACUCUUUCAAGUGAGUGUCUGUAAUCUAAACAAAGAUAAUGAAGAAAGUAUUUAUUAUCCGAGAUGCCCAACAAAUAUUGGUAUUGGUCAGUAUUCUGUCGGAGAAAAACGUGAAAAUGUACCGACAUGUUCAGACUAAGUGCAUCGUGCAGUGAACAUUGCCCGCUUUCUACUUUUUCUUGCUUUCAUCUCUCACAUUCCCUUCUUCCCGCUCUCCCAAGAACUUUGUGGAAAAUCAGUUUUUAAGCCACUUUUACUUGCAGCUAUGCGAGGACAAAUUAUGAUGUUAGCAAGGCCACCUGGGCUGGAGAAUUGGAGAUUAUAUGUUUACUGGGUGCUUCAUUCGGUCACUCCACUACUUUCUAAAUCUAUGGGUUAUUUAUGCGGUUAGCAAAAGGCAAGUGUGUACAGCACUGUUUAUGAAGAUCUAGUAUGCAACUUUUAGUACUUGCUUUAGCUUUGUUCUCAAAUACCCCCCAAACUGUGCGACAAACAAAUGAUGAAAAUCGCACGUCAAGUCGCUUUCACAUUCGCUUUAAAAGUAAAAAUGACGAGCCACUCGCUGGGAACUGUUAUUGAGAGAAGUAGCAUAUCUGCACGACCUUCGACGCUUCCUUUUUUUCAAAAUGAUGGCGACCAAGGAAUGGGGUACUUGUAUUAAGGCAUACUGCUUACAUCAGGGUACUUAAAAUUGUUUUAAGAUAUUACAUCGCUGUUUCACCCUCGAAGUCGACCCACCCGCAGAAGCUCCGGUUGUUUUCAUCUCCGUUUAUUUAUUUGCAAGGUCACCUACUUCACGCGCGACAAUGUACAAAGGAUGCCGGUUCAUUAUCCCACAGCAAAGACUGCGCUGCGGGAAAUAAAAGUCUCUCUGCACCAAAGG